GAAAACGCCACACACUUAGUCGAUGGGCGCCUCUUUCAUCACCACCGGGGAAUCAUCUUCAUCCGAUCUUCCUCAUGGCGGAUCCUCAUUUAUCGCCCCAGGCUCCUGCUGUCCAAGUUCUGCUCCUCAAAUCAAACAACUACCAGGAAAACCAGGGCACUGAUCUUGACCGGGUGCUGGAUCGGCUCGAGAAGUUUCUGACGUUUUUCGGAUUCAAACAGUCUUCAGCGUUGAGUUUUUUGCUGUCUUGGGCGGAUUUUGUGGUGGUCGAGGUUUUGCUUCCGGUUCUAAUGCUGGAGUUUUCUCAGUGCUCCUGUUGCGAGAAGUAUUAGAUUGCAAAUUUUGAGCUCGACAUUGUCGCUUCUUAGAUGUGUUUGGCUGCCAUUUCCCUGCUCUGCCUGUCGCAUAAUCUAAGAAAAUAUGGCAUAAGGAAGUUUCUAUUUGUUGAUCGAUCCUGUGGCCAUGUGGCUUCGCUUAACGACCUAUACAUAAAGCAGAUUAAGGAGUCAAUGUGCCUGUUCGUAUUGUGGUUAUUGCCAUGUUUGAUUUUGAAGACUGCACGUGAAAUCAUACGAAUUUUAUAUGUGCAGCGUGAAUCUUGAUGGCUCUCUGUUGCUAUUUUAUUCACUUUGGUUCUAUCCUGGACUUAUGUGAGUACCAUAAGUCUAACUGCCAGCAUUUUGUUUCAUUUAAUCUGUAACUUGCAAGUUAUUCACUUUGAAGAUUAUGCAAAGCUCCUAGAAAGAGAAUCUAAU